AGGAGCCCGAGCAGGACGUCAUCAGCUGGGGACGUCAUCAUCCGGGGACGUCAUGUGACCAACCAGGAAGUGAGAGAUGAGAGUUCUGAGGGGGGCGAGAUGCGGAAUACUGGAAACGUUCGUUCAUCAGAAAUUUAACCUGAAUCAAUCGUCGCGAGGGCAGUAUGGAGGAUGAUGAACUUCCGCCAGAGGAUGGGAUGGGUGGGCGUGGCCUUCUUCUUGCUCCUCAGCGUCAUGGCGGUCUACUACGUCUUUGAGGUCCACAGUUUCAGCUUGGAGCACGUGCAGAGAGGUGGAUCUGGUCCGUCGGCUCCGCCCCUCGCCUUCACCUGGUCUCAGAGCCUCAGCGCUCGCCUGCCUCCGCUUCCUGUCUGGAUGUGGGCGUCGGUCUUUCUGCUGCCCUACCUGCAGCUCUUCCUCUUCCUGUUCUCCUGCACCAGAGCCGACCCUCGAGCUGUCGGUUACUGCGUCCUUCCCGUCUGCCUCGCCCUGCUGUGCAGUCGCCGCCACGCCGCCAGGAAGCCGGCCAAUCAGAGAGGCCCGCCGCUCAUUGACACGUAGAGGAUGACCAAUCAGAGAGCCCCGUCGUUCAGUGACAUGUAGAGGGCCGAAGGACCAAACUGAAUGACAGUGAACUGUUUGUGUUAAUGUUUGUGAUGUCACUUCCUGUGUGCCUUUGCAGUUGAACACUCCUGUUGUGUAAACCCUCCUCAUUGUCUGCUAGGUGUCCUGUCUGCCCUGAGCAUCGACUGUCAGGCAUCUAGUCUUCUGUAAGCAUCAACUCUCAGGUCAGGCGUCCAGUCUGCCCUGAGUGUUGGCUGUCAGGAGUCUAGUCUGCCCUGAGUGUUGUCUGUCAGGAGUCCAGUCUGCCCUGAGUGUCGUCUCUCAGGAGUCCAGUCUGCCCUGAGUGUCGUCUGUCAGGAGUCCAGUCUGCCCUGAGUACCGUCUGUCAGGUGUCCAGUCUGCCCUGAGUGUCGUUUGUCAGGCGUCUAGUCUGCCCUCAGUGUUGUCUGUCAGGUGUCCUUUCUUCCCUGAGUGUCGUCUGUCAGGCGUCCAGUCUGCCCUGAGUGUCGUCUGUCGGGCGUCCAGGCUGCCCUGAGUGUCGUCUGUCAGGGUCCGCAGUAUCAUUGUUCAAAGUAAGACUGUUUGCAGCUGUCAAUCACAGAGAAUCCUGAGCUGUGAUUGGCUGGAUGCCCUCCUCUCUCUCUCUCUGUGCGUGUGUGUGUGUGUGUGUGUGUGUGUGUGUGUGUGUGUUCUCCGUACUGUCGCUGUGGUUUAGCUGCUGUUUGAUUUUGAGCACAGAAGUUAAAGAGGUUGUGUUUGGCGAGAUGAGUCACAUGACAAACACUGGUUACCAUGGAUACCUUAUCAAAGAUGAACACAUGAAUAAGAAAGCUUUUACACACUUUGAAGAAGAAUCUUAGAAACACUUCAAACAGGAAGUUCAGGUUUUUAUUGUGAACAUGUUUACAGUCUGACUGGAGCAGCUUUUUAGACUUCCUCAAACAUGUUCAUGUCUCUGUCACGUCUCGGUGUUUGUGCCCGCUGUGAAUAAAAAAAAUCAA